GUUGAUCAUUCGGGUCCAAAGCCCAGUCCGCAUGGCCCAAGCCCGAUAUCGGUUGUGAAGUUUACCCUAAAGCGUAACCAGCAUGGCAGAAAAACCCUAACUGCAACUAAAAUCUCUAUUUCGAAGUUCUGUUCUGUGUCCCCUCAAGAAUAAUCAUGUUGAAAAUAAAAACUCCCAAGAAAGGCAGAGUAAAGCGUGAGCUUGAGAAACGUGCUCCGAAGCUUGUUGAAACUGGGAAGAAGACACUUUUACUUCAAGGUACAAAGACGAGUAACACUUUAAAUGCUGUAUUAACGGAGCUUUAUCUUCUGAAGAAAGGAAAUGCAGUGAGAUUUACGCGAAAGAAUGAGAACGUUAGACCGUUUGAAAGUGGCGGUGAAACUUCUUUGGAGUUCUUUUCACUCAAAACUGAUUGCAGUAUCUUUAUUUACGGUUCAACCUCAAAGAAGCGGCCUGAUAAUCUUGUUAUAGGACGAACAUACGAUCACCACAUCUAUGAUCUUGUAGAGGUUGGGGUUGAAAACUUUAAACCCAUGAACUCAUUUACAUAUGAUAAGAAACUAGCCCCACAGGUGGGGUCAAAACCCUUCAUUUGUUUUAUUGGGGAGGGGUUUGAAAGUGUAGAAGAGCUAAAGCACUUGAAGGAAGUUUUGGUUGAUCUUUUGCGAGGGGAGGUGAUUGAGAACUUAAAUCUUGCUGGGGUGGACCGCGCUUAUGUAUGUACAGCAGUAUCUUCAAAUAGGGUAUUUUUUACUCACUGUGCCCUGCGACUGAAGAAGUCUGGUACAAUUGUCCCAAGAAUGGAACUGGUAGAAGUAGGCCCCUCCAUGGAUUUUGUUGUUCGCCGUCAUCGUCUUCCUAAUGAUAGUCUACGUAAAGAAGCCAUGAAAACAGCUAAGGAUCAGCCUAAGAAGAAGGUGAAAAAUGUUAGUCAUGAUUCAAUUCAAGGGAAGAUUGGAAAGAUUUAUAUUCCUGACCAGAAGCUUGGAGACAUGGUGUUACAAAACAAAUCAAAAGGAGUGAAAAGAGAGCGUCGUGAGGCAAAAAUGAAAAAUGAUGCUAAUGAGCAUGCAUCAAAAAAGCAGAAGGAAGAUUCGAAGUAAUUCGUUUGACACCAUUGCAAUGUUAACUUUCUUGCUGUAAUUUCCAAUGCAAUUUUGAUUGAUAUUAUCAAUGACUGAGGUAGAUAAAAGAAGGCAAGAGAUCUUCUUUCGUACACAUAAUUUAUGUCACUUGCAUAUGAAAUGUGUUGAGGUAAUAUUUCAAACAUUAAUUUGAACAAUUUAGCCUAUUUGUC